AUGGGCUGCAGCGGGGGACUGCGGGCUGCCCGCUCCGCGCUCCUGGCGCUGCUGCUCGGACUCUCUGCCCCGCCGCCGUGGCUGCAGGCGGAGAAGCUGGGGGAUGGAUGUGGACACAUGGUGGUGUAUCAAGACAGUGGCACUUUGUCAUCCAAGAACUAUCCUGGGACUUACCCCAACUAUACAGUUUGUGAAAAGAAAAUUCAAAUACCUCAGGGAAAACGACUGAUCUUAAAAAUUGGAGACUUAGAUAUUGAAUCCCAAAAAUGUGAAUCUAACUACCUUACCAUUCUUAGCUAUUCAACAAUAUAUGGACCAUAUUGUGGCAAUAUGAUGCCUGGUCCUAAAGAAAUUAUCUUGGAUACUAAUGAAGCAACUAUUCGCUUUGAGAGUGGGUCCCAUGUAUCCGGACGGGGCUUUCUGUUAUCCUAUGCCAGUAGUGAUCAUCCAGAUCUAAUCACAUGUUUGGAGAGAGCAAACCAUCACGUGAAGAACGAAUACAGCAGAUACUGUCCUGCUGGUUGCAGAGACAUAGCAGGUGAUAUUUCUGGGAAUAUAGUGGAAGGAUACAGAGAUACCUCCUUAUUGUGCAAAUCAGCCAUACACGCAGGUGUUGUUGCAGAUGAGCUGGGUGGCCAGAUCAAUGUGAUUCAGCAGAAAGGAGUAAGUCGAUACAAAGGCAUCCUGGCCAAUGGCAUCCUUUCACAGGACGGCUCACUCUCAGACAAGCGGUUUGUGUUUACCUCAAAUGGCUGCAAUAAAUCCUUGAGUUUGGGAGAUGGAUUCAUCCCCAACAGCCAUAUUACAGCAUCGUCCUCUUGGGAAGAGACCAGUGAAAUUGGGGAAAGUGUUCAGUGGUCUCCUGACAAGGCCUGGCUUCAAGUCCAAGGGAUUUCAUGGGCUUCCAACCAUAGCAGCCACCGGGAGUGGUUGGAAAUAGACUUGGGAGAGAAAAAGAGAAUAACGGGGAUUAGGACUACAGGAUCUACUAUGCUGAAGUUUAACUUUUAUGUAAAGACCUUUAUUAUGAACUAUAAAAAUAACAACUCAAAAUGGAGAACUUACAAAGGAAUCCUAAGCAAUGAAGAAAAGGUAUUCCAAGGCAACUCUAAUUAUGGGGACGUAGUACGUAAUAAUUUUAUCCCUCCUAUAGUGGCCCGAUACGUGCGGAUCAUUCCACAGACCUGGCAUCAAAGAAUAGCAUUUAAGGUGGAGCUGAUUGGUUGUCGAAUAAUGCAAGCUAACAACUCAUUUACUCACCCAAUGUGGCAAAGACCAAGUCAAAGCACAGGUGUAGCGGUUGAAAAAGAAGACAGAACCAUCACAGAACCCAUCCCAUCAGAAGAAACCAGCUUAGGGUUAAAACUUACAGCUAUAGUUGUCCCGGUCUUAGUAGGGCUGUGUCUGUUCCUGCUCUCUGGGAUUUGUAUCUGUGCAGCCAUACGAAAGAGAGAGACAAAAGGAGGUGCUUAUGGUUCAUCUGAUGCACAAAACCCAGGUUGUUGGAAACAGAUCAAGCAGCCCUUCGUCAGACAUCAGUCAACGGAAUUUACCAUCAGCUAUAAUAAUGAAAAGGAGACUCCACAAAAGCUGGAUCUAGUCACAAGCGACAUGGCAGAUUAUCAGCAGCCUCUCAUGAUCGGAACUGGGAUGGUAACAAGAAAAGGAUCCACAUUCAGACCAAUGGACACAGAGGAUGAGGAGAAGAAAGAUAGUUCAGUGAUCGAGAACCAUUAUCACUGCCCGCACAGAGCUAGCCGUCAUGAAUAUGCGUUGCCCUUGACCAACCAGGAGCCUGAAUAUGCCACCCCUAUUAUAGAGAGGCAUCUAGGAAGAGAGAACACUUUUCCCUCUGAAAUUGACUACAAUGUACCUGUAAUUUCUUCUGCUCAUAAACAUUCCCUUUCUGCUGGCAGUUUCAGUAAUUCGGGUAGGAUCGAUGUCAGGAAUGGGGACUAUCAAACACCGCAGAGUCUAAUCAACUAUGAUAAACCUAAAGUUAACUGUGUUUUGACCUCAGUGGGCUACAGUACUGACUAUCAGAAACCGCAAACUAAUUCACUGGUGAAUGAGGGUUAUUCAACGCCCAGAGACUGCCUAAAACCAAUAAACCAGACAGCAAUGACAGCACUCUUGUGA